GGUCAAUAAACCCGUCACAAAAACUGAAUCAAAAUGGCUUCCAAUCGAUUAUUUCGAAGCUGCUUUCGGAUUUGUUCCUCUACAUCUGGAGCUAUGAAAGGAAGAGAACUUUUAAAUGGCCAUUGCAGAAUAAUAGCAGCUCUUUCUUCAAAGAGGCACUGUAGUACAAGGUAAAGAGCAAUUAGGGAUUUUAUGUUCUUCUCGUGGUCUAUUGUUCCAACCUCACCUUGAUGUGAUCGAUUAAAACAUUUUUAAUUUAUUACAGAAUUAAAAAUUGUCAGUUUUAAUUAGUCGAUGAAAAAGAAUGUGAUUCCUUAACAUCUCAGGUUACUAUUCUGUCACACUUUAAAUCUCUAACUGUAUCAAGCUGUACUUUACAAGUUAUUUUCAAUUAAUUAUAUUAGCCUCUUUUUAGAACAGUGAUAUAUUAUUAAGAACAAUUGAUUUUUGGAAUCUCUUUAAAAAAAAAAUGCAUCUGAAAACUGGCUAGCUCUAAGAGAACUUCUACCGUUUUCCCCUUUGUUGAUAAUGGGUUCAGAUAAGAUAUUCAAAGCAAAUAUUUUGUUGAGAUUUUAGGAAUAAUUAACCCUUUGACUGUUGGGACCUCAUAAGUAAUUCUCCUUACUGUCUGCCAUACAAUUCUCAUGACGUUAGUUUGGAGAAUUUGAUAUUGGAUCUGCUUAAAAUCCCCUGAAUGAUACUUUCUUUAUUCAUAUAGUAUUUCUUCUUGAUUUUGUAUUAAUAUUGUGAGGAGAAAUUCUGUCUUGAUCACUCCUGGGGUUGAUAAAAUGUAUUGUCUUAUAAACACAUUGAAGAUUUGAACUCUCCAUAGCCAUGGGUUUCCAUCUGUUGUUGGGAGGAAUCUUCUUACUCUGAGAGACUUUACUAGUGAUGAGAUUGGAUAUCUUCUGUGGACUGCAGCUGAUCUAAAGCAAAGAAUUAAAAACGGGAAUGAGGUAGGGCUAUGAUUGUCUUUGCUUUGUAUGGCUAAUGUUUUAUUACUUGGAUAGAUUCUUUAAAGGCCAUGUACCUCUCUGAAAGUCUAGAUAAUUUGUGGAAUCAGAGCCUGCUUGAUUUUUCUUUUGAAAUGGUUUUUUGUAUUUUUUAUAGCUGUUCCUUAAUAACAUUCCUGGCAUGUUUGUUUUUUAACUUUUUCAAAACAAGUGAAUCUUGACAUGCUGAUGCAAUCCAGUAAUGCUACUGUUGGUUUCAAGGUAAUUGUAUAUAAAGAGCCAAAAUCAAGACACUCUCAUUUCUCCAAUAAACUUUAUGUUUACUGAGCAAUGAUGAAAACACACAGAGCACUGAUCAGUUUAGUCCAUCAUGAGCACUUUCCCUUUCGUUUUUAUUUGAUCUUCAGACUGUGCGGCUGUUGGAAGGCAAAUCAGCUGCUCUUAUUUUCCAGAAACGUAGCACACGAACAAGAGUUUCAACAGAAACUGGUAUGUUAUGGAUGGAUUUUUCAGCCAGAAGACUGUAAUACAGGUUGCAAAGUCCUAUUUAACUUUUCUUAAACUUUCAGGUCUUGCCCUUCUUGGAGGACAUUCUGUAUUUCUCACAGACAGUGAUAUUCAUCUUGGAGUCAAUGAAUCAACUAUAGACACAGCCAAGUAUGUAGAGAAAAUAAUUAACUAAAAUAUCAUGUUUAAUAUAUUUACUUAACUUAAUGAUAUUUCUUAAGUCCAUUUAGCUGUUUUGGGGUCAUUUAUAAAUAACACUGUGAUAGUUUUUUAGUAUAUGUUCUCUCUCUUAUAACUCUUUCACCCAUGGGAGGGAUCUGAAAGGAUAUUCUCCUAAUAUUAUCAAAUACAUUUUAAAUGGGCGAGUAACAAGAAAAAAAAAAUGUGUACUAAAAUUUUCAGAAAUAAAAUCAUGAGAAAUGUAAAGAAGAUAGUGCAAAGAAUUAAUUUCAUUUAUUUUUAACUGCAAUGAAAUGGCUACAGUUAGUGAUACAUUGGAAUGCUGAUGCAAUAAACCAGCCUAGAAAUAAAUAUGUCAGGACUACUAUCAUUAUGUUUUGUUGUCAUUAUUCUAUCUUCCUUUUUUAAUCAUCGGUUAUUUACAGGGUUCUUUCAGGAUUCUGUGAUUUUAUCUUGGCAAGGGUAUAUGAACAGAAUGAUCUUGAAGUAAUGGCAGAACAUGCCACUAUUCCAGUUAUCAGGUACCUUGAUUCAGGGUAAUUUGGUAUCAUCAACUGAGUUGAUAACAUAAACUUAAGAGUUACAAUUGGAGGAAUUAUGGGUUUUAUGUGUGUGUUUAUUUGCUGAAAGUGGAGCUGCGCUAUUGGUGGAAAUGUAGUAACAAGAAAAAAAAGAAUAAAUUAUUAAAAUAAAAAGUGCUUGUUGAUACCAUGGGGAUUAAGAGUACCGAUUUGAAAGAUAAAUUUUUGUUCUAGGAACUUACCCCCUUUAUACCUAGUUGCAGGAUCUAAUAUUAACAAUCUUGUCCCUUAUGCCAUAGAAGUCAGUUUCUAACCUUUGACUCCAUGCAAUAAGUGACCAAAACAGAAUUUCACCUCACAAUACCGAAACAAUCUCAAGCAGAAAAGUGAUGAGAAUAAUGUUUGAAAUAUCCAUUAGGGGAUUAUUAGUUGAUCCAGUACAAAAUUCUCUCAACUGAAAUCACAUGAAUUGUACAGCAGACAGUAGGAAGAGUAACUAAUGAGAUCUUGGGGGUAUUAGUCGAUCCAGUACAAAAUUCUCCCAACUAAAAUCACAUGAAUUGUAUGGCAGACACUAGGAAGAAUAACUAACGAGAUCUUGGAAGUAAAGGGGUUAAAAUAAUGUACCCAGUAUACUUAAUUUUUCUGAAGCAUCUCAGUAGGUGGAAUCCUCAAAUCCUCAAAUCUGAUUGGCUAGCUUUUUACAAUACAGACCAUGGUCUGGAAUUUCCAUGCCAAUAUCAUGUGGUUUCUCUGUUCCUCUUAUGUUGCCUCCUUUUCUUUUGCUUUCACUCCUCCCACAUUCCUUUCCCCUUUCUUUUUCUCAUUUUUCUUCCUUAAGUUCUCAUAUCAAUUGAAUAGAGUCCAAGGUGUAUAAAUUUCUUUUUUUGCAGUGGUUUAUCAGACAUGUACCACCCUAUACAGAUACUUGCAGACCUUUUAACACUACAGGUAAUUUUAAGUCAUGAAUUGUUUUUUUUUUAUGACGACUCUUCCUUGGAGACACACUUCCAUCUAAAUUAAUUAACUGAAUUUUCCAGGUUCAUUAAAGCCAAAGUAGGCAGUUCACAUGUGGUGAAAAUGUUAUUAUGAUAGUAUUGGUUUUUUUGAAGAGAUUCCUGCAUUGACUAUAUCACAUUUUUUUAAUUUCCAAGGAACAUUUUGACAGCCUACAUGGCCGCACCAUUGCCUGGGUUGGAGAUGGGAACAACAUCACUCAUUCAUUUAUGAUGGCAGCUCCCAAAUUUGGAAUGCACCUGAAUAUUGCAACUCCAAAGGUCUAGUUAGCCUCCAUAGAGAUUUGUGUUCCUUGGCCACUUAUAAACAUAAUCUGUAGCAAGUUGAAGUGAAUCCUUUGAUCUCAAAGAGGGACAGUUACUUAUUUCUCAUUACAGUAUAACCCCUGAUCACCCAUUUACCCUUUAACUCCCAUGAGUGACUAAGACAGAAUUUCUCCUUACAAUAUCAAUACAACAUCAAGCAGACAAGUGAUGAGAAUAAGGAAAAUAUCAGUUUAGGCAUUAUUAGAUGAUCCAAUACCAAAUUCUCCAAACUAACAUCACAUGAACUGUAUGAGAGAUAAUAAGGAGAAUCACUAAUGAGAUCUUGGGAGCCUGAAAGAAGCUGUUUAGUGUUAAACAAGCUGAAAUUGUUUGCAACUCAAAUCGGUCAAAUCUAUUUUUGAGGAGAUUGUGAAGUCAAAUUUGAGAGUUUUGUUGAGGUAGGGUCUGAAGAUGCUUUACCCUCUCCUCUCAAAGAACUUCCAAUGUUGGGCAUCAACAGUUUUUUGAAAGUCAAAUUGCAGCCAGGUUUCAUGGCAAGAAUAAAGUGAUGACCAGUUUAUUGCCCCACCAAGUCAAGAGAUAUUUAAGACACCUUGUUUACCAUAUGUGUUCAUUGAUACUGUUUUUCUUUUGUAUAUCAGGGCUAUGAGCCAGACAAUGAAAUCACAAAAGUUUCUCAAAGCUUUGCCCAAGAGGUAGGAAUCUGUGGUCUCUCUAUGAUUGUUGACCAUAAAAAUACACAGUAAUCUUUGAUGAUGUAGUGCCAAUCCUUCUUUUUAGCACAACACAUCCGUGAACUUCACAACAGAUCCCAGAGAGGCAUGUUCCAAUGCAGAUGUGAUUGUCACCGACACAUGGAUCAGUAUGGGCCAGGAAGAAGAAAAAGCAGCAAGACUCAAAUCUUUUUCAGGCUUCCAAGUUGACACCAAGGUGGGCUCUAAUAGUGAAUGAGGUUAAUGUGAAGUAUUGCAUAUUUUCUUUUUUGCAGGUUGACUGGUAAUAUUCUUGUAUAUUUGAGGGGUGAAGGAUUUUGACUGCUUUAGCUGAUGGAUUCUUUAAACUUAUUUUGAAAUUCAUUAUUUUUUCCACUUUUAUAACCUGUAAGGUUACUACAAACUCUGCUUAUUAUGGGAUGAACACAAGUUAAACUUUAUUCUUUUGUUAGUUGAUGUCACUUGCCAAGGAAGAGGCUGUUUUCCUCCACUGCCUGCCACGGAAACCUCACGAGGUGAGCGAUGAAGUGUUUCUUUCUGACAAGUCAUUGGUUUGGCAGGAGGCAGAAAACAGGAAGUGGACUAUUAUGGUAAGUUGGAUCAGUUAGUUGGACCACUGCUUAUGGAAGUCUUAUUUUCUUGUGAUUAAGAACUUUCUUCAUUAUGUAGAGGUAACGAUGGCCAAUAGUGGUCUUAUCAGGCUGCAUAUUACAUACCUAAAGCCUCUGAUUUGUAGUAGGUGUAAGUGCAAAGUCUUUUGCACAAAAAUGAUUUUAAUAUUUCCAUAUAAAUGAGAAGAGGGACACAUGGUGUGCUGGACACUGUGUCAAGAGGUCAGGGUUCGAGACCUGGUUGAGUCAAUGUGUUAUGUUAUGUUGCUUCUCUCCACCCAGGAAUAAACGAAGGUACCAGCAAAUUGUCAGGGAAGCCUGAUGAAAUGCUGGGGGUAACCUUGCAAUGGACUAGCAAGCCCUCCGGGGGGAAGGGUAGUGAUACUCCAAACAGGAGUCAUUUUUUUACAAGAAAGGUCAAAUGCACUUAGCCUGGUAUCAAACUUUAAGGGUUUUUGAAACUCUUAAAUGAUGGAGAGACACUAAUGCCUUGUAAUGCUGGAUUAUUGUCAACACCAAAUUGAGGAUUUUGCUAAAUUAGGGGAAAUGCAUCAUAGGUCAUUAACUGUGGUUCUUUGUGUCUCUUCCUUAGGCUGUGAUGACAUGUCUGAUGAAUGAGUAUACCCCUAUUUCUCCUAUGCCAACUUUUGGAGGCAGUGAUGAUGGAGUCUAGGGGAUUUUUAUGUGUAGCAAUGAUAAUUACCUCUGUCAGAGAUAAUGAAAGUAUAUUAUUAUUAUUAUUAUUAUUAUUAUUAGUUUUUGGUUUGCCUGUUGGUGUAUUUUCAACAUUUACCUUCAGUCUUCCUAACCUCCAACAACUAUUGGUAAAACAAAUUCAUAAAAUAAGUUCAAGUGCUUUUUGAACAUAUGAAAAAAUGUGCUCUAUAGUUCACAGUACUUCUUCAACCUGGAUAUGUGGUCCAUAAAAGAAGGAUGUUUUAGUUAGUGAUGCUGGUAGGCAUUUCCAUUUGUGACAAAGGAAUAUUAGUAUAUUGGAUGUACUCCAAUCAGGUGAAUGGAAGUACAAUUCAAUUAAAAGUAAUAACAUGCAUUUUGAUUAUAACUUACAUCUUGAGUAAUCAGCUUAUGUGGUAGUUACAUUUAGUUUGGUGUGUUAGAUGAUACUAGAAGUUUGUCUGUGAUUAAGUCACUGUAAUGUGUUAUUAGAAACUGCAUUAUUUUGGAUAUGAAAUCAAAUGAAUAUACUUGUAAUGAGAAUGUGCCCCUCCAAAAAAGUGUUACUGUGACAAUUCUUUUUUAGUGCAGUGACAUGUUAGGUUGGCAAUGCACCUCAACUGAUUUUCCAGGAAAGAAGAACCACUUCUCUUCAUUUCCUCUUAGCAUGAAUGGGAAGUGUGAAUAUACAGACUAAAGCAAGGGUUGUGAGAUAGACAUACAACCAUGCAGCAUCUGUAGUUAAGAUAAAUUUUAAGACCAAUACCAGUUAAUAAAAGUGUGAAAAUAAAAAGCAAGACAUUGGUUGUGAGG